AUGGCGGGAGCGAGUGACGCCGUCAUGUGCCGGGGUUUCUUCGCGACCCUUGACGGCCAAGCACAGGAUUGGUUCACCUCUUUACCCGAGAGAUCCAUCUCGACCUUUACAGACCUAUCGAGAAAAUUCUUGUCAUACUUUGCCAGCAGCAUCCCAAAGAAGAAGCCGUUUUCCAAUAUGUGCAAGUUAGAACAGGGGAGCACGGAGAUGUUGACCGACUACCUCAACAGAUGGAAGAAGGAGGCGAGGACGGUCGAAAAUUUCGAUGAGAAAGCAGCCAUACCGAUCUUUACCAGCAACGUCAGAUCAGGACCUUUCCACCGCGACUUCGUCCAAAAUCGUCCAAAGACAUAUGCUGCGUUACUAGACCGGGCGGCGAGGUUCGCCGAGGCGGAUGAGGCCGAAAGGAAGAAGAAGGAGGAGGAGCGAGGUCGGCGAGACAAGAGGGGUUACCUCGGUCAAUACGUUAAGAGGACCGGGCAGGGCCGACCUCAAGGCCCGGGCAAUGUGUGGAAGAAGAAGGGUGGUUCCGAGCCGCCCGCCUCCGGGUCGCGCAAGAGGGAGCUCGACCAGCUCACUGAGGAGGAUGAGAAGGAGUCGUACGAGCCCCACCCCCGAGAAAAACAAGUCAUCCAUGUCAUCUUUGGUGGUCCUGAAGGAGGAGACACGCAGUCAGAAAGGAAGAAAUGGGCCCAGAACCUCUACGUGGGGGAGGUCGUCCGCCAACCCCAUGAGAAGAAGCCGAAGAGGUAG